AUGGAUGCACUGCAGAAAAAGUCAAUCAUAUCAUCGCGGGGGUUCACUUACACUUACUACGUAUCCAAUCCUGCUGAGGCCACCAAGACCACGCCACCCCUGUUUCUCCAACAUGGCUUUCCGGACGACUCGCAUCUAUGGCAAGACGUCGUAGCAAAGCUCCCGGGUUACCGCGUCAUUGUGCCUGAUAUGCUCGGGUAUGCCGGCAGCUCAAAGCCGACGGAUCCGUCUGCUUAUGAGUAUUCUGCUCACACCAAGGAUCUCACCGAGAUCUUGGAUGCCGAGAGUGUCGACAAAGUCAUAUCAGUCGGCCACGAUUGGGGCUCUAUCAUCGCCCAGCGUCUCUACCUGCACCACCCCGAACGGGUCGCCGGAGUGGUAUUGCUGAAUGUGGCAUACACGUUGCCCUCACAAAAACCAUUCGACUUGCCAGCCACGAAUGCCUACCUUGAGAAGGUAUACGGGUAUCCUCUGCUAGCUUACCAGGAGUUCAUCAUCAGCGAUGAGGGCCCCGCCAUCUUGAAAGCGCACGCAGACCGCGUCUUCGAUGGGAUGCACGGCGCGCCGCGAAAUUGGAUGCGUGACCUUCUAUGCCAGCGAGGCAGCUUCAAAAAGUGGCUAUUGAACGAGGACGGGGACUGGAAUGUCGAGCCUCGUGAUUACGCCAAGAACCCAGAGCUGCGGAAAAAGUAUAUUGAAAGAUUUCAACGGGACGGCUUCGAGGGUCCCGCAUGCUACUACAAAUCAACCGCAAAUAACGUGCAACACAAAGUUGAGAAGACCAUCCCUGAGGAAAGACAAAUUAUCAAGGUUCCGGUCCUCUACAUCGGUUGCUUGCAAGAUGCGGUCUGUCGCCCCGAGGCUUUAAUACCUGCUAAGCAGGGUGGUUUCCUGCCCGAUUUGGAGGAGACCACGCUUGACUGUGCACAUUGGAGCCCGCUGGAGGCACCAGGUCCAGUUGCAAGUGCUAUCGACAACUUCCUCACGAAGAAAUUCUCGACUUGA